AUGCCACUAUAUUCCCCUCCUCCAAUUCCCGUGACGACCGCGAACCAGCUCGCCACGCCACAGAGCCUACUGGAGACGAACCGCGGCUUCUCGCCGGUGGCAAACCGUGCCUGGGUGGCCGGUUCGAACGGUGCUGGACAUCGCAUAUCAAAUACGGAAUCCCCAACCACGGUGGAUAGUGACAGUUUAUCUCUGCGGUAUCAGUAUGUGCUGGACCAUGUGCGGCGGGCGGGGUUUGAGAGCUUUGAUGCUAUGGUGUCUGGUUAUUACACCUCGUCCUUUUCCAAGAAUUCAACGGCAGAGUGUGCACAGAAGGUCAGCCGUGCGAAAAGGCUCCGUUCGGUGUUGCGGAGUCUCCACAAACACUCCCAGGAGUGGACUCGGUGGGAGGCACGCGGUUUCCAAGAGCAGGUUGUCGAGGCAGCGGAGGAUAUUUAUGUUGCUGAGCUGGAUCGGGUACAGAGAGACAGUGGUCUCAGCAUGCAUGGGACCAUGGGGAAGGGACAAUCCCUUGGCGAAUUACAGAGACUCUAUCAGAACAAGGCCCCGAAUCUAUGGGCUUUGUUUACGGAGCUCGCUGGAGCAUCCAGUCCACAAACGGAAGAUGCUACCGUCCUGGCUCUGACAUUACUACACUCCAUGAAGACAAACCCCGAGUCAGACAUCAGGGAAACGAUCAUAGACCUUCUGGACAGGCUGUUUUGA